AUGAGUGAGCAAAUAGUCACUGAAAGAUUUGAUGAGGACAUAAUUCUCCCUUGCUCAUUUGAGAGUGGACCCAAAGUUGUAAUUCACUGGAGGAAUCAAGAUCAUGUUUACACAUGCUACAAAGACAGUGACCACUUGUAAAAGAAAGAUCCCAGAUACACAAACAGCACACUCUUCCACAGUGAAAUUCAUAGUGGAAAUGCUUCCCUAUCCUUCGUAAGAGUAAGUCUUCUGGAUCAAGGAACUUUCCUUGUGUGCUCUUCAUUCUCCCCCAUGGCUUUUGUCACACCUGUCGUGAAGUAUGAAGAGAACACAAACAGCUCCUUAAUAUGCGGCACGUUAAAUGUUUAUCCUCAUCCACUUAUCACACAGAGUGACAAUACACCUAUCUCUGAAAGCACUAUGGAAAAAAUUGGGUCUUAUCUGUUGUAUAAUGUUAGAAUAAAUAUCACAGGAUCAACUUUAUCUUAUGAAUGUGAUGAAAACCCAUUGCUAAAGCAAACAUGGACAGGGAGAUGGAUAGUGAAAGAUGGUCUUUGUAAAAUGCAAAGGGAAAGCAUUUUACUCUCAUGUGUUGCAAACUAUUCUUUCCUACUGAAUCAAGAUAUCGUAACCACUUGGUCCAGAGUGGAAAGUGGUAUUUCCUCAGUCCUGAAUUACUUUCUGAGCUCCUCACAAAAUACAAUUAUCAAUGAACCCUGACUUGCAUGGAAUGAAGAGCUAAUAGUGAUUUUUAAUUUUUUUUUUUCUUUGAGGGACCUUAGUCCUUCAGGCAAUGAGAAAUAUUUGUGCAAUAUUUCUUCAAGCAAAUAUACUGUGCUCACCUUCCAAACACUGCAUGUAGCAUCCAGCGUUCAGAGAGUUGAGGCUGUAGGCACAGUAGAAGUUGGAAUUGGGGCUCUGCUGGAUCCUGAGGAAGCACAGUCUGUGAACCUGGUGCAAAGAGUCACCAAAGGACCCUUGAAAUACUAA